AUGGAAGAGAGUGGAAUAGAGACAACGCCACCUGGGACGCCUCCACUGAAUCCCACGAGCCUGGCUACUGCUGCCAUGUCCUCCCCAGUUCCUUUAGCUGCAGCCAGUUCGUUCUCGUCUCCAAGCGUGUCCACUGUGGAGUCCUUGCUGCCUCACGUGCAUCCUGCCCCUCAGCCAGCCCUGCCUCCUGUGCAGCCUUCAGCCCCACUGCCUUUCAUGCCCCAGUCCCCAGCUCCUCCUGGCCCACCUCUUGGGACUUCUCUACCUCCACCUGCCUCCCAGCCAGCUGCCACUACCUUCAGUGCUCCUCCUUUAUCCCAUUUCACGCCUUCGACUUCUGCCCCAGGCCCUCUUUCCUCUCCACCCUCUUUGGGCCCUCCGAUAUCAGGAUUUUCUGUGGGCACAACUUAUGACAUUACAAGGGGACAUGCAGGAAGAGCUCCCCAGACACCUCUGAUGCCUUCAUUUUCUGCACCUCCAGUGACAGGUAUUUUGCCACCUCCUAUUACUCAGCAAGCCAGCCUGACUCCUCUGGCACAGGGAGCUGGAACCACAUCAGCCAUUACUUUCCCAGAGGAACAAGAAGAUCCCAGAAUUCACAGAAGCCAGGAUGACGAGUCUGCUGGUGGGAUCUGGGGUUUUAUUAAGGGUGUGGCUGGGAAUCCUAUGGUGAAAUCUGUGCUUGAUAAGACAAAGCAUUCGGUAGAAAGCAUGAUUACAACGCUGGACCCUGGCAUGGCUCCAUACAUCAAAUCUGGAGGUGAGCUGGAUAUUGUAGUGACCUCAAAUAAAGAAGUCAAAGUAGCUGCUGUUCGAGAUGCCUUUCAGGAAGUCUUUGGCUUAGCUGUGGUUAUAGGGGAAGCAGGACAGUCCAAUAUUGCUCCUCAACCAGUGGGCUAUGCAGCUGGAUUAAAAGGUGCCCAGGAACGCAUAGAUAGCUUACGUCGAACUGGAGUGAUCCAUGAGAAGCAGACUGCUGUAUCAGUGGAAAACUUCAUUGCGGAGUUGCUACCUGACAAGUGGUUUGAUGUUGGUUGCUUGGUGGUGGAAGAUCCUGUGCAUGGCAUUCACCUGGAAACGUUUACUCAGGCCACACCAGUGCCUUUAGAGUUUGUGCAACAGGCUCAAAGUCUAACCCCCCAGGACUAUAAUCUGAGGUGGUCAGGCCUUUUGGUGACAGUAGGUGAAGUCCUGGAAAAGAGUUUAGUGAACGUCAGCCGGACUGAUUGGCACCUGGCUUUCACUGGCAUGUCUCGUCGACAGAUAAUCUACAGUGCAGCCAAGGCCGCGGCAGGCAUGUAUAAACAGCGCCUUCCACCGAGGACCCUGUGAAGGUGGCCUGUCCCGGGUACGGAGACUGUCCCUCCCUGUCAACUUCAUGCUAAAGAAGAUACUGCACCUUCUUAAUUCAACACCUUCAAUGAAUCCAGCAGAUUUUGUAAUUUUCCUGUAGACCGCAGUUUUUUUUUUUCCUUUUAAUAAAGGCAUGGUGUCAU